AUGGUGCUAAUUGAUCCAGGGAGCAGUGCCAAUAUUAUGCCUAGGGUCACCUUCAAUCGGCUGGAAAUCAAGCCAAAAGAGCUCAAAUUAGAAUUGCUGGUCCGGGCAGCCGAAAGGGAGCUUGUCGAAAGCUUUGUGGUGGUGGAGAUCCAUCCCUCUUACAAUCUGUUGAUAGGGAGAGGGUGGAUUCAUAGGGUACAGGAGGUCCCAUCAACCCUGCACCAAGUGAUGAGAUACCUGAGUCCAGAUAGGAGCAAGGUGAUUGACAUCUAUGGGGAUCAGGUUACAACAAAGGAAUGUUACUCGGUGACUCUGAAAGCCGUAGGGAAUGGAAAAGCUCCCAUCUGA